AUGUCUUCAGUCUCGGAUGCUUGCUGUGCUACACCAGCCGUCAGCAAUGUUUACAAACAGUUAGGGGAGUACAUCCAAAUUGGAGGGGAAAAGACCUAUAUGUAUACCCCGGCACCUGACACCAAAACUGGAAUAGUUUUCCUAUACGACAUUUUCGGUUAUACGGCUCAAACAAUCAAGGGCGCGGACCUUCUCGCUCAACGCACUGAUUCUGUAGUCUUAAUGCCCGAUGUUUUCCAUGGCAUGCCAAUGGAACUAGACGCUGUGCCUCCCAAAACAGAAGAGCAGAAAAUUACGCUCCAGCAAUUUUUAAAGGGCCCUGCCAAUCCGGUCCUGGUCGCGGAGAAGAUCUGGGAUUUUGUGGACUUUGCUGAACCACAAUUUCCUGAUGUGGAGUCUUGGGGGGUUGUUGGACUCUGCUGGGGAGGGAAAGUGGCCACCUUGCUCUCAGGGCCGAGAACUCCCUUCAAAUAUAGCGCACAGGCACAUCCUGCGAUGUUGGAUGCAAAUGAUGCCAAGGAAAUCAUCAUUCCUCACUUGCUCCUAGCCUCAGGCGACGAAGACCCAUCGACUGUGAAAUCGUUUGCCCAAAAUAUGAACUCCUCACCGAAUAUGGUGAAAUCUCAAUCACAGAUAGUGUCCGUACCUACAAUGUUUCAUGGAUAUAUGGGUGCGCGGGUGAAUUUAGACAACAAACAAAAUGCUGAGGAGUACGAAAAAGGGUAG